UUCGCUCGCUUCGGCCCCGCGUCGGCCAGUGUUCCUUUCCCUUUCUUUCUGUUUUUUUCAUUUCGUUCCUCUGUAGGUGCCUCUGUCCCAUCCCCUCCCUCGUCGAGAUAGGAAGAGAGAUCCAUGGCGACUUGGAGCUCCCAUGUUCGCUCGAUUCAGUAGGAUGGUGUCAGGCGCCUGGCGUUGUCCCUCCGGCUGCCCCGCCCUCUCCUGCUCCAUCGCCUUUUCCCUCGCCAGAGGUUGCAAGUCUGUUGCUCUUGACUCUACGAAGAAAGCAUCAAAUGAUCCAUCGGUUAGUAAAUCUGCUGGUAAUGUUUUGUCAAACGAGGGUACAAAAGGAUGGUCCAAAUUUGGUUUCUUGUGUGUGCCAUGUGUAUCGGUGCUUAGUUUUAUUUUCGGUUUCAGUGUGAUCUUCAUACUAAUUACAUUUAAAAGAUCACCGUAAUUAUAAGUUCAAGUGACAGUAAUUUGCCGUUUUAUAUAGUUCCAAAGGUUCUCAUAUUCAAUCAUAUUUACAUUUUGGUUUCUGAGCAGGAACAAAUUAGUUUCUCUCUAGUGUAUAGUUUGUCUGUCCCGAAAUUAUUAGUGUAAUUUUACGAGUUUUUUCAGUGUAUUUUCUUAGUGUAAUUUAGUUUAUUCUCCGUUUCAUUUCUGGACUUUGCUCUGUAAAUCCUAGCUCUGUUUUUAGGUGUUUCUACUGUAUUUACACUCUAAAUCUACUAUGAAAGGUCACUAGGUUUCAGCUGGAAUUAUUGUAUUUAUAGUGUAAUUCUAGUGUAAAUUAAACUAUAAAUCUGCUGCAAUUACUGUGGAACUCACUGUCGUUUGCUCUAUAACACUAUUGUAUUGUACACUGUAGUUCUACUAUAAAUACACUAUAUUUACACUGUAGUUCCAUUGGUCUAGAACUGGAAUUACAGUUCGCUUACACCUGUAAUUCUAGUGGUAUAGCGAUGUAAUUCAAACUAUAGUUACAAUGGAAUUUUCAACCUGGUCCACUACUGUAGUUUUUAUUGCUUACCACUGAAUUUUUAGUGGCCUAGUACUGUAAUUAUAGUUUGUCUGCCAAUGUAAAUUCCUUAUCUGCCAGUGUAAUUUAGUUUGACAGGUUCUUUUUCUGUUCCUCUGUAACCACAGUGUAAAAACACUUGUUAGACUUUUCUUUUGUGUAGGAUCUACUCAUCUAUAUAUGGUGUAACAUUCAGUGAACUAGUGAAUGCUAAUUCUUAUUGGUUUCUUUGGUGAUCUCUGGAUUUUAAGUUUAUAACUAGAGUGCUCUAUGGAUUGUGAUAUGCUCUUUCGCUUUGGUAGCAAUCCGUUGCUGCUCAAAGUAGAACAAUAUUUUUUGCAUUAGCUAAUGACUUUUUUGCAGGAUUUCUUUCCCUGUUGUCUUAUAUGUAAAUUUCACAAUGAUAGUACCUUGUACAUCAUUUGCGCCUGAAGUAGUUGAGUAAAAGAGUAUGCCCCACUCUGUUAUUUUGUCAAGAAUCAAGUUAGAAAAGCAUGAUUGAAUAUGUUUGUUCAUUAUUUUAGUUUUCUAAUGCUAAUAAAGUCAUACAUUAAGGAAAUCAGCUUCGUCAUGUUCGAGGUACAGCUCCUCCCCUUUCAUGCUAGAUUCCGUUCCCUUUGAUCCCAUUGCAGGCACCUGUAAAUAUUAUCAAAAAAAGUACAAGCAGUGAACUGUUAUCGAAUAAACAAUAACCAUCUAGAUUGUUUGUGCCAAUUAGUGUUAGUGCAUAGCCUAAUAUUUUUCGAAUCUUUUUAUCCGAUCAUAGUCCUAAAUCAUAUGCAAUGAUCAUUUUAGUUUCAGUGUGUACUCAUUUGAAAUUACAAGUAAAAGAUCAUAGCAUUUCGAACUUCAAGUACAAAUAAAAGGUAUUUGUAUACAAUUCCAAAGUUUAUAAAAUUCAGUCAUAGAUUCAUUGCUUUUCUUCAGGAGUAAAUUUAUAAACAUCAUCAUAGUUUCUGAUUAGUGUACAAUUUUUGUCACUGUCAAAGUGUUUGAAAUUGCAGUCAUAGCUUCAUGAAAAUAUAGCAUUCCUAGCCUUUUUUGUUCAAGCAUUUUUUCCUAAAUGAUUUCAUAUCUUCCUGAACAUGCUCCCCCUAAUCGGCUUUUUCUUCUGACCAUGUGUUGUAACUGUAGUUAUGAAUUCAUAAACUUGCAAGUAGUUUCUCCGUUCUUGACUCCCUAGACUACUUUGGUCCUACUAUUCUUCCUGGUUCUAGUGUUUUUUUUGUGACACGUAAGCACACUUUCAGAGCUCAAUGUUUGGUCCCUGCAGCAAGUAAGUGAGGAUUUGAACUGUGUUAUAUUUUCUUAUAGUUUUAAUAAGGUUUCUUUUUCAUGACUACCCUGCCUAUGAUCUUAGAUUUGGUUUGUGAAUCUGAUGUGUUUCUUCAGCUAUGUAAUGAUCCACACAUGGUUGUCUCUUUCAGAUGUACAGAGUCAUGAGAGAGAUCUGUUUUACUCAUGCUAGAUGUGUGGUGAAUGCAAACAAAGGAGGUGUUUACCUGUGAAUGCUUUGGUUCAUCAACCAUGAUCUUCUUCAAGCUUGUGUCCCAAAACAUGGAGGAAACGCCAUCACUUUGCUGCUUUUGUGUCCGGGUUAGAGAAGAAGGGGGUGGACCCGUUAAAAGUUUUUAUUUGAUUUGUGCGGUUUGUUUAAAUGAGUGGGACAGGAAAAGGGACAUACAGGGGACAAGGGACAGAGGACAACUGUCACAUUCCAGUUGGCUGGAAAAUCCGGAUGAAACCCAAUUGGUUUUCAGCCGGAUGCCAAUUAGACAGUCCCUUGUUUUUUGUCCGAGCCGGACCCGGAAGGAAGCUGGUUCCAUACUCUCUCUCUUUUUUUUUUUGAAAAGGAGCUGGUUCCAACCGUUUCGUCCCUCACAACAGUGCCAUGCUGGGCGGCAAUGAUGGACACACGGCUCCACGCGUGCCGAGCAUUGUACAAUGUAGUAGUAGCAACCAAGUGGAAGAGAUUCAGAAUGCAGGUCAACGGAGCCUCCUCUCCGCCUAGAUGGCCCAACGGACAACACACCGUAUCGUAUCCAAAGCAUACUACAGUACUCUGCAUUUGUUUAAGAGAAUACAGAGUACGUUACUUGGCAGGCAGAGCACGCAUCGCGCACGUCAUUAACUAUCCGCUAAACUAGACCUGCAAAAGUCAAUACUCAAUUCCAUGGCCACGCUACUCUAUUCCAGGUCCUCUGCAGCACGGUCCAAAGCGACACACCGAACCUGCUCAGGAACGGCAAAAAACAAGCGCACCCGACACCGACGGAACCAGCAAAAACAAUGGCAGAUGCAGAUGAGCCUGCCUGCAUGUCCUAACAACGGUGAGCUCACCCGCAACAGUGACCCGCACCUGCAUGUCCUAACCCGCACCUAAUGCCGCUUUAAUUCCCCGACUAAUCUACACCCCCCACACGCUAACCUCGGUCGCUCUCUGCCCCAAUUUAUCCCCCCCGCGACCCCCCACGCAAAGCUUCCCUCCCCCUAAUCCCGCAAGUACCACCAUGGCUGCCAUGCCGAGGCUCCACCUUCCUUCCGGAUCGUAAGGCCGAGCUCGGGCUCUCAUCCGUAGCUGCUCGCUUGCUUGGAGUCAUAGUAGGUUGGUGCGGAGUACAAGGACCAUGAGCAACUCGUCGUGGGCGGCGCCGGCGGGGUCGUCGGCGCUGGAGACGGUGGAGACCAAGAUCAGCCCCAGCAUCCUCUUCAUCGUCGCCGUGCUGGCCAUCGUCUUCUUCGUCUGCGGCCUGCUGCACCUGCUCGCGCGCCACCUGCUGCGGCUGCGCCGCCGCCGCCGGGCCGCCCGCGACGACGCCGAGAGCGUCACCGCCUUCCAGGGCCAGCUGCAGCAACUCUUCCACCUCCACGACGCCGGCGUCGACCAGGCCUUCAUCGACGCCCUCCCCGUCUUCCUCUACCGCAACGUCGUCGUCGGCGGGGACGGAGAGGGCGGCAAGGACCCGUUCGACUGCGCCGUGUGCCUGUGCGAGUUCGCGCCUGACGACCAGCUCCGGCUGCUCCCCAAGUGCAGCCACGCGUUCCACCUCGAGUGCAUCGACACCUGGCUGCUCUCGCACUCCACCUGCCCGCUCUGCCGCCGCAGCCUCCUCGCCGCCGGCGACCUCGAACCCACCUGCAGCCCGGUGCUCAUGGUGCUCGACUCCGCCGACAGCUCCCGCGACCUGGCCGCCUCGGGCAGGCGCGCCGACGCCGAGCCGAGCGGCGCGGCCGUGCGCGUCCCGGGGCGCGACGGGGCCGAGGAGGUGGUCGAGGUGAAGCUGGGCAAGUUCAUGUGCGUGGAUGGCAACGCCUUUGCCGUCGCCGACGCCAGCGGAGCGGACGGAGCGGGCACCAGCAGCAACGCCAAUGCCGACGCCGACGCAGGGCUCGGGCAGAGGCGGUGCCACUCCAUGGGCUCCUACGAGUACGUCAUGGAGGAGCAGGCGUCGCUCCGCGUGGCCAUCGCCAAGCCGCCGCCCAAGAAGAAGCGGCCGGCGUUCUCCCGGGCGCGCCGCGGCGGGGGCGCCAUGUCGGAGUGCGAGUUCGGCGCGUCCAAGCGCCGCGGGGAAUCCUCCUCGCUCCGCUACCCGGUGAUCCCCGCCACGACAGCGCGGAAGCAGCAGCCUCCCCCCGGCCUGCCCGCCGCGGCGAAGCUCGCCAAGGACAGCUUCUCCGAGUCCAAGAUCUGGAUGGUGCCGCCGGCGUCGUCCCGGAAAGGGGACCCCUACGCGGGCGGGCGGCGCACGGUGUCGUUCCGGUGGCCGAUGCGGAGCGGCAAGGAGGGCGAGGAGGAAGGAGGGGGCGAGCGGAAGAGCGGGAGCGAGGCAGACUGGGGCGACGUGGAGACGGGCAGCGGCGGCGGCAACAGCGUGGUGUCGUCGCUCGCGGAGGAGCGGCCGUCGUUCGCGCGCCGCACCCUGCUCUGGGUCGUCGGCGGCCGGCAGCAAUCCAACCGGGUCGGAGACUGCUCGUGACCACCAUCACCAUUGUCGAUCAAAUCAAACCCCAACAGAAGAGAAAAAGGAAACAGAUUCUUUCUUUUGUUCAGUUAGUCAUAAGGAUUUCGUCUUCUUUCUCCGUCCUUGUAGAUCGCCAUUGAUUGCAAAUUCGCAGCGGCGAGAAACCUGUAAAUCCCACGAGAUCGCUCUCACAUCA